GAUGACGAUUGUCUGGUGAUACAGAACCUCCCGCCCCAUCUCCAUAUCCAUACUAGACCUCGAACGGCCGACGAUUCAUCUCAACAGGCUUCGCUCGYUCGCCCCUCCCUAUUAAUGACUUGGCUGAGAUUGUCGUCCAAGCAACUGGACCAAACACAUGGAUUGGCGGAUCAACCCAGCGCCCUAACCAACAAACAAGCGAGAAAACUACAGUGCGCGCUAGCGCACGAAGCAUGAUGAAAAACGUGAGCGCGCUAGCAACAAGCAACGGAUUGAGCUCUAGCGCUCAAGCCGUUGCGCUAACGCGCAGCCAGCGCAACGGCAGCACGCUAGUGCUCAAUCCGUUUUGAAUCUUGCUGCAACGGCAAAGCGCGUUGCGGCGUCCUAGCGGGUGCCUGAACUUGCAGCCUUAGCUUGCUCUCAGGCAACAAGCAAUGGAUUGAGCGCUAGCACUCAAGCCGUUGCGCUAACGCGCAACAAGGAACCAAAUGGAGUCUCAUUGAAAUGUUUGUGGAAGCUAUUCUUGGAAUACGAGCUGGUCCCCAGUAUCCCAAGGAACUGCCUUAUAUUGAUAUCAUAGAAUCCAAAGGUCUUGAUGGGAAGCGACAAGCACAUUUACUAACUAGGAUACAAGAAAAAGCCCAUGCACUCUCCUCCUGUCCAAUGCUCGUAGCACUUUGUGAGGAAGCAGUGGAGACACUCUCUAACAUGAACCACCCUGAUGGAGAUUGCCCAUUAUGUCUGUAUCCCUUGGUUCCAGAUGAUAGUUAUGAUGAUUUUUUGCCAUUUAUGAAGUUAAUGUCUUGUUUUCACUGUUUCCACAGUGAAUGCAUUAUUAGGUGGUGGAAAUGGCUUGAAGGGCAAAAUGAAACCAAUGCUGGUAAUUCGUCUGAUGCAUCUGUUCUCCCUUCCAGAGAUUUAAGGAGACAACAAGAUGUGCAAGUAAUGAAGGAGAAUCUGGGAAACUGUCCUGUCUGCCGCAAGGUUUUUCAUGCCAAGGAUAUUGAACAUGUGCUCAACUUGGUUGGAACUCAUUCAUCUCAGUUGGUUUUCGAGGAGAGUGAAGCUAAUGAUGACGAGCUUCUCAAAUCUGAUGCAGAGAAUAUCAGAAGGCAGAAAUUUGAGGCUAUCCUAAAGUUACAACAAGAGAAUAGUGGUCUAAUUGAACCCAAAAGAAAUGAAGUGCUGUUGCCUGGAAUGUUUCUUCCGGAAUCUGUUAGACCACCCACCACAUCCACUGAAGCUGCGGUUGAUCCACAGCCUACAGAUCCAACUUGCACAUCUAAACCUGAAACAAUUUCCAGUGAUAGCUCGAACAAGCCAAGCACCAGCGAGCACAAAAACUUUGCCAUGAGAAAGAAAUCAAGAGCUCGGAAUCCGAAAAAACAGAUAAAAGAAUGGGUUAAGAAGGAGCAUGUUACUGGGGAAUGAGGUGAUUGGAGGACCAUUUUUUUUUGGGGGGGGGUUUAUUUUUUCCAAGUGAGAUUUUGUUUCAAGAUGAAAAGGUCUUAGUAUUUAGGAAAGAAAAGAAAAUUGGGGAAUAUAUAAUACAUGUCAAACAGUUCCAAUUAGUUGAAUGUAUAUAUUAUUUCUUAAAGA